AGCCUAGACAUGGACGAAAAGGACAACGGGGAGGCUGAUGGCCUGUCAGAGAGGACCACGCCCAGCAAGGCCCAGAAAUCGCCCCAGAAGAUUGCCAAGAAAUACAAGAGUGCUAUCUGCCGAGUCACUCUGCUCGAUGCCUCUGAGUAUGAGUGUGAGGUGGAGAAACAUGGCCGGGGCCAGGUGCUGUUUGACCUGGUCUGUGAGCACCUCAACCUCCUGGAGAAGGACUACUUUGGCCUGACCUUCUGUGAUGCUGACAGCCAGAAGAACUGGCUGGACCCCUCCAAGGAAAUCAAGAAGCAGAUCCGGAGCAGCCCCUGGAAUUUUGCCUUCACAGUCAAGUUCUACCCCCCUGACCCUGCCCAGCUGACAGAAGAUAUCACAAGAUAUUACCUGUGCCUGCAGCUGCGGGCAGACAUCAUCACAGGCCGGCUGCCCUGCUCCUUCGUCACGCACGCCCUGCUGGGCUCCUACGCCGUGCAGGCGGAGCUGGGCGACUAUGAUGCCGAGGAGCAUGUGGGCAACUACGUCAGCGAGCUCCGCUUCGCCCCCAACCAGACCCGAGAGCUGGAGGAGAGGAUCAUGGAGCUGCACAAGACAUACAGGGGCAUGACCCCAGGAGAAGCAGAAAUCCACUUCCUGGAGAACGCCAAGAAGCUUUCCAUGUACGGAGUAGACCUGCACCAUGCCAAGGACUCUGAGGGCAUUGACAUUAUGUUAGGAGUCUGUGCCAAUGGCCUGCUCAUCUACCGGGACCGACUGAGGAUCAACCGCUUCGCUUGGCCCAAGAUUCUCAAGAUCUCCUACAAGAGGAGUAACUUCUACAUCAAGAUCCGGCCCGGGGAGUAUGAACAGUUCGAGAGCACAAUUGGCUUUAAACUCCCAAACCACCGGUCAGCCAAGAGACUGUGGAAGGUCUGCAUUGAGCAUCACACAUUCUUCCGGCUCGUGUCCCCUGAACCCCCACCCAAGGGCUUCCUGGUGAUGGGCUCCAAGUUCCGGUAUAGUGGGAGGACCCAGGCACAGACCCGCCAGGCCAGCGCCCUCAUCGACCGGCCCGCUCCCUUCUUCGAGCGUUCCUCCAGCAAACGGUACACCAUGUCCCGCAGCCUUGAUGGAGCGGAGUUCUCCCGCCCAGCCUCGGUCAGUGAGAACCACGACGCAGGACCUGAUGGUGACAAGCGGGAGGAAGACGGCGAGUCUGGGGGGCGGCAGUCAGAGGCCGAGGAGGGAGAGGUCAGGACCCCCACCAAGAUCAAGGAGCUGAAGCCGGAGCAGGAAACCACGCCGAGACACAAGCAGGAGUUCUUAGACAAGCCAGAGGAUGUUUUGCUGAAGCACCAGGCCAGCAUCAACGAGCUCAAGAGGACCCUGAAGGAACCCAACAGCAAACUGAUCCACCGGGAUCGAGACUGGGAGCGGGAACGCAGGCUGCCCUCCUCGCCCGCCUCCCCCUCCCCCAAAGGCACCCCUGAGAAAGCCAGCGAGUCCCAGAGGACCCAGGACACCUCUCAGCAGGACUUGGCACCUGAGCCUGGGACGGCCACAGGCUUGGAAGUGUUCACUCAGAAAAGCCUCGCAGCAUCUCCUGAGGGUUCAGAGCAUUGGGUAUUUAUAGAAAGGAAGUACACUAGGCCAGAAGAACUCAGUCUCCUAAAAGUGGCCGCCACGCAGCAGGAAGAAAGUGAGGCAGGCCUUGCAGAUAUCCUUGCCGAUGGCAGACUCUCCAAGGUGGAUAUCCUGGUGGACAAGUUCAAAGUUGAAGUGGCCACAGAGGAAAUGGUGGGAGCCAGAGGAGCAAACACCCAGCAAAAAGGAAGAAUGAUUGCAAGCCCUGAAGACUUCGAGUCACUGUGGGAGGAGGGCCCCCUGGUCGGGAAUGGCCCAGGAGGAGAUCCCCUGGCUGCAGGCUGCACUCUGGCAGAAAAGCUUCCUGAGGGCUCCCAGCUCAGGAUGGGCACCGGGGAGGCCACUAUCAGGAAGCGCCGGGUCUCGGGUCAGUGGGAGAGCCACGUGGAGCUAAGAAGGGAGCUGGAGGAGAUCCAGACUUGUGAAAGGCCCGCUGUCCUGGGGGCCGGGCCGGCAGAGGUGGAUGUCUCCUUUCCAACCUCUGACAAGGGAGGACUUCAGUCAUUUCUGCUGGACCCAGCCCACGAGGAAGACAGAGCCGACUCGAGUGAUGAAACCGAUACUUCCUGUGCGGAGAGGAGCUUCUAUUUCAACUAUGGAGAGAAAGAUUUUGAAGACCAAAUCCUCCCUCCACUGUUGGAGGAGAGAGGAGAGCGCCCGAAAGCCCCUCCUGGAGAUGAGACCAGGCGGGAGCUCCCGGGAGAGCUUGCAGAGAGCUCUGAGCUGAGGGCCUCUGCCCAGUGGGGCUCUCCGACAGCUUCCAGAAGGAGCAAGGAUGAAGAUGGUGAAGCUCACACAGCUUCCUUGGAGAAAGGGGUGGGGCCUCCCAGGGACCACAGAGGACCCAAUGACCUGGAGGCCUUUGACCAGCAGCUCGGUAAUGGAUCUUUUCCAGGGCAGAGAUUUGCUAAGGCUUGGGAAGAAGCAGGGUGGGGGGUGGAAGGAGAGUUUACCCACCCAGCCCCUGCCAUUACUGCAGAGGAAGAGGCCUCUGGGAGUCUAGAUUUGAUGGGAAAGGCUGAGAAAAGUCCCCCAGCAACAUGGAGGAACCACUCGCCUCACAGAGGAGCGGGUGUGUGCCCAGACUUUCCGGCCUGCGCCCUUCCAUGGACACUAGCCAAACCGGACAGAGAUAACUUCUUGCCCAAAGACAAGGGACCAGUUCACACCCAAACAGGACAACCCAUGAGGGAGCACAGCAAGGUUCACACGGAGUUUCUUCAGAUGGAGGUGAUCAACCCCCUCCCAGCCUCCCGCGGUCCCUUUCAGGCUCCUCCUGAGGACGCUUCUGCGAGCCCAGCCUCUCAUGGGUCAUGGGAGCCUUUGCAGCUUGGGGAUCCCUUUGGAGAGCAGCCCCCUGUAUUUCUCAGAGAGAGCCCAGAACCCAAGGACCAAGUAGAGCCUGUUGUGACUCUGGACAGAGGUGAGCGCAAGGCACCUCCCGUUGCCAGCAGAAAGCGCAGAGUUGUCCUUGAAGAAGUUGAGGGAGUUGCAGCUCUAAGGUUGGGGUUCCCUUCAGGGAAGCCAAAGAUGACUCCUUUCCAAGCUGGGGGCCAAGAGGGCUCCCUGGAAGACAUCAGCAAGACCUCGGUGGCCAACAAAAUUUGGAUCUUUGAGACCCAUGGAGCUGAAAGUUGGCGAGCGAGUCAGGGCGAAACAUGGGCCCUUCCAAGUGAGUUGUCUUCAGAGGCCUCCCCAGGGCAGACAGAGCAGCAGCAGAAUAAGCUUUCAGACCUGGGCUUCGUCCAACUCCCGCCCCCAGAGGACAUCGCCGGCCCCAAUGCCACGCAUUCCUCAAUGAUGUCACCCACUACCAGCCACUUCAGGGAGGGCGUUUCUACUACAUCCCACCAGGAACUCGAGCUCACGUCUCCUGAUUCGGGCUGCGAAACUACGCUGGAGGAAGCUACUGGGGGAGCUGGCCACAACAAAUCCAGAGAUGCAGUCAGGGAAGAGAAGCGCCUCGCCAGUUUAGCAGCAAAACCCCCUGGGAAAGGGGGGCGCCUGGGAUUCGUCAGCCCCUCAGGCCCUCAGAGAGCAGGGCUGAGGGAGGGCUCGGAGGAGAAAGUCAAACUACCACGUCCCAGGGCCCCAGAGAGUGACACGGGCGAUGAGGACCAGGACCAGGAGAGGGACGCGGUGUUCCUGAAGGACAACCACCUGGCCAUCGAGCGUAAGUGCUCCAGCAUCACCGUCAGCUCCACGUCCAGCCUGGAGGCAGAGGUCGACUUCACCGUCAUGGGUGACUACCACGGCAGCGCCUUCGAAGACUUCUCCCGCAGCCUGCCCGAGCUCGACCGAGACAAAAGCGACUCAGACACAGAGGGCCUGGUGUUCUCCCGGGAUCUCAGCAAGAGGGGCCCCAGCCAGGACGACGAGUCCGGGGGCAUCGAGGACAGCCCGGAUCGAGGGGCCUGCUCCACCCCGGAUAUGCCCCAGUUUGAGCCCGUGAAAACGGAAACCAUGACCGUCAGCAGCCUGGCCAUCAGGAAGAAGAUCGAGCCAGAGGCUGUGCUGCAGACCAGAGUCACCACUGUGGACACCCAGGUGGAUGGGACUGCCCUAGUGGGGAAGGAAUUCAUAACCACUGCUCCCUCCAUCACCACUGAGACCAUAUCAACCACCAUGCUGGUUCACAGAUUCCUGAGAGGGUCCAGCAACAUCAGAUCCUUCAAUGAUGACACAGAACCAAUAGCACUCAGCACCCAGGUUUUGGUGCCAGGCAGUGAUCUCCUUGGUCUUCGCAAAAACUGUGAGGAGGACGCUCUUUCUUUUCUGUGCCCUUUACAGAUGAGGAAACCAGAGUUCAGAGAGGAGAACAGUCUCAAGUCCGGGAAGGGGGCAGCUGCCAUGAUCCCAGGCCCACAGACGGUGGCCACGGAAAUCCGUUCUCUUUCUCCGAUCAUCGGGAAAGAUGUCCUCACCAGCACCUACGGCGCCACCGCGGAAACCCUCUCCACCUCCACCACCACCCAUGUUACUAAAACUGUGAAAGGAGGGUUUUCUGAGACGAGGAUCGAGAAGCGAAUCAUUAUUACUGGGGACGAAGAUGUUGAUCAAGACCAGGCCCUGGCUUUGGCCAUCAAGGAGGCCAAACUUCAGCAUCCGGACAUGCUGGUAACCAAAGCUGUCGUAUAUAGAGAAACAGACCCAUCCCCGGAGGAGAGGGACAAGAAGCCACAGGGCACCAUUUUCGUUCAUGAGGACUUCACCCUUAUGACCUCCGGUCCCACCUCCAAAUGCCCUCUUCUUGAGGAUUAGGGCUUCCAUAAGUGAAUUUGGGGGCAGCAUACCAGGGCGGUGUCUCGCAGGCAGAAGGUGCGUGGCCGUGUGGACCUGCUUCCUUUUCCUGGAGGUUUUGCCAUGUUUAGGGAUGAGGGUCCUGAGUAAGUCAGACCGUAACCCUCCACCACCAGCCAGGUGCCCAGGGCCCUGUUCCCACCUGGGUUUCCAUCUUGCUGGCCUUUAUCUUCUCUCCCCAAAUCCUCCAGAGACAUCUCUCUGCUCCAUUCUACUUGGCCCCUUUCUGGAAGUUCUUCCUUCUUAAAGGUCUUGCUGUGAGUAUGGAAAGCACACUUAUCCCACAUAGUCUUCUCUUUUCUCUGCAACCUCGCAGGCCAGAUGUGUGGCUUCUGCUCCAUGAUCUCCCACUGGCCUGCCUCCUUCCACAGGGCCUGUCUCUCAAACCCCGCCAGCCAGAGGGUGGCACUUACCCAGCGCCCUA